AUGAAGAGAAAGGCAGGGAGCCAGGCCAACGGCCAGAAAGCUGGCGGGAAAAGGCCCAAGAAGACCUGCAAUUCCCUGUCGGCGGAAGAGGCGGCCAAACGGUUCCGCGCUGGCCUCCUUGACAAGUCGGUCCUCGGCUCGUACACGGACGAAUAUGCCGCCUCGACUCCCUACAAGCAUGCCGUCAUCCACGAGCUCGUCGACGACAAACUUCUACGCUCCGUGAGGGACGAAAUCCGCAACAACGUCGAGUUCACCCCAAAGGAAACCGACAUCUACAAGAUCCACCAGUCCGGCGACCUUGCCAACCUCGACGGCCUCGACGACGAGUCCCUCGCCAAGCUCCCCUCGCUGCUCGCCCUUCGCGAUGCCGUAUACUCCGAGACGUUCCGAAACUACGUCUCCGCCAUCACCGGGUGCGGCCCCCUGAGCGGACGCAAGACCGACAUGGCCAUCAACGUCUACACCCCUGGCUGCUAUCUCCUCUGCCACGACGACGUCAUCGGCAGUCGCCGCGUCAGCUACAUCCUCUACCUCACCGAUCCGGACAAGCCCUGGCAGCCUGAAUGGGGUGGCGCCCUCCGCCUAUUCCCCGUCCAAGAACUCGAAAACGAGGACGGCGAGGUGGCAAAGACGCCGCUGCCCGAUGUCGUCAAAGUAAUACCCCCGGCCUGGAAUCAGCUAAGCUUCUUCGCCGUCCAACCCGGCGAGAGCUUCCACGACGUCGAGGAGGUCUACCAUGCCGACACCAAAGCGCAGUUGGAGAGGGACGGCGGUCGCGUUCGAAUGGCCAUCAGCGGCUGGUUCCACAUCCCCCAGCUCGGGGAGGAAGGCUACGUCGAGGGCGAAGAGGAGAAGAAUGCAAUGAACAGCAGCUUGAUGCAGCUCCAGGGCAACCCUGCCCAGUACGACUUGCCCAAGCCGCAGCCGGUCAAGGUGCCCAACUCCAAGGGCGGCCAAGACGACUUUCAGGAGGCGGACCUCGAGUUCCUCCUCAAGUACAUGGCGCCCACCUACCUCACGCCCGAUACUCUCGAGCAAAUCGCCGACCACUUCGAGGAGACGUCGAGCAUAACGCUGGCCGACAUUCUGUCCAAAAAGUUUUCUCACCGCCUGAGGGAGUACGUGACAGCCCAGGAAAAUCAGCCACCGCCCGCGGAUGGCGCCACCGUGGACGAAAGCUCGGGCUGGAAGGUGGCGAGGCCGCCGCACAAGCAGCGUUACCUGUAUCAGCACCCCAGCCAGUUGCGUCCCGCAAAGGAGGAAUCCCCCGUCACGGAGCUUCUGGACAUACUCCUGCCUAGUCGUCAGUUCCGCCAGUGGUUGCAGGUCGCGACGGGAUGCACCGUCGAGAGCUCCGACGUCGUCGCUCGCCGUUUUCGACGCGGUCAGGACUACACCCUCGCCACCGGUCACGAUGGCAAGCCGCGCCUUGAGCUGAGCCUGGCCAUCACUCCGACGUCUGGUUGGGGUGACGACGACGACGCUGACGCCGAGGCCGAGGCCGAGAUGGAAAGGGCCAAGCCCAAGGGCAAAGGCAAAGGCAAAGCCAAGGCCGAGCCGGAAGAGUCGGCAAAGGAGCGAGACGGCGACGAGGUCGGCGGGCACGAAGUCUACAUGGCCGGAGAUGACGAUGACGACGAGGAUGCGGCCAUCUACAAGUCCAGCGGCGGCGAUGACAACAUCCUCUUCUUCCAGGCGGCCGCCUGGAACAAGCUAGCCAUUGUCCUGCGCGACAGCGGUGCCCUCAAGUUCGUCAAGUACGUCAGCCGUAGGGCCCAGGGUGAUCGGUGGGACCUUUCCGCUGUCUUCGAGGUAGCGGAGCAGGACGACGAGGAUGGCCAUGAUAACGGCGAGGGCGGAGCGCCAGCGCAGGGAUCGUCGGACGAGGAAGAGUUUCAGGGAUUUUCGGACCCCGGGGAGAGCGACUCUGAUUAA